GUCCGGCAGGGAGAGGAAACUCGAGCGCUUCGGGCUCGGAGAGCGGCCGGGCAGGGCAGCGGCCAGCGGGGGAUCACACCUGUCCCGCUGUCCGAGUGUCCGGCUGUCCGAGUGUCCGGCUGUCCGGCUGUGCUGCUCUGCCCCCUCCCCGCAGCAGCUCUCCCCUCGGGCUCCUUCCCCAGCCGUUCCCGGAGCGCUUUUCCAGCUGCCCAAACUUUGUCCUCUCUCCAAAUAAAGCCCCGGCGCUCCUGCGAUGAUCGCCCGUGGCCAUUCUCCGCUCUGCCUCGCUCUCUGCACCUUCGGGCUGGCGCUGCUGGGGGAUGUGUCCCGGGCUGUCCCCAUGGACGAUCAGGAUUAUUACCUGCAGGAAAUUACCAACAGGGAUCAUUAUUACUCCUUUCCGUAUCCCGGGGAAGAGUUCUUUCCUUUCACGGAGCAGCCCGGAGAGGAAGGACCGAUCCGUGCUGCGGAGACAGGGGAGCAGCCAGGGUUCAAACCGAGCAGGAAGGAGUUAAAACAGAAGAAAAACAACAAAAAAGGAAAAGCCAUUCUUGAAACGCCACCAGAUUGCCCUCCACUUGGUCUAGAGACAUUAAAAAUUACUGACUUCCAGCUCCAUGCCUCCACAGCAAAGCGCUACGGCCUCGGGGCCCACCGAGGAAGGCUCAAUAUUCAGGCAGGUGUUAACGAAAAUGAUUUUUAUGAUGGUGCUUGGUGUGCAGGAAGAAAUGACCCCUACCAGUGGAUUGAAGUAGAUGCUCGAAGGCUGACAAAAUUCACUGGAGUCAUCACACAGGGAAGAAACUCCCUCUGGUCGAGUAACUGGGUGACCUCGUACAGAGUGCUGGUGAGCAAUGACAGCCACACGUGGACUGCUGUCAGAAACGAGUCUGGAGAUGUGAUUUUUGAGGGGAACAGCGAGAAGGAGAUCCCAGUGCUGAACCUGCUGCCGGUGCCGCUGGUGGCGCGUUACAUCCGCAUCAACCCCCGCUCCUGGUUCCAGGAGGGCAGCAUCUGCAUGAGGCUGGAAAUCCUGGGCUGCCCCUUGCCAGACCCAAACAAUUAUUACCACAGAAGAAAUGAAAUGACAACCACUGAUAAUCUGGACUUUAAACAUCACAACUACAAGGAGAUGAGGCAGCUGAUGAAAACUGUGAAUAAAAUGUGCCCAAAUAUCACAAGAAUUUACAAUAUUGGGAAAAGCAACCAAGGGCUGAAGCUGUACGCUGUUGAGAUUUCUGACAACCCAGGAGAACACGAAGUUGGGGAGCCAGAAUUCCACUACAUUGCAGGAGCUCACGGGAAUGAAGUGCUGGGACGAGAGCUGAUCCUUCUGCUAAUGCAGUUCAUGUGCCAGGAAUACCUGGCUGGGAACCCACGCAUCGUGCACCUCAUCCAGGACACGAGGAUCCACCUGCUGCCCUCAGUGAACCCUGACGGAUAUGACAAGGCCUAUAAAGCGGGUUCAGAAUUGGGGGGCUGGUCUUUAGGACGAUGGACUCAGGAUGGCAUUGACAUCAACAAUAACUUCCCUGACUUAAACUCGCUGCUCUGGGAGUCAGAAGAUCAGAAGAAGAGUAAAAGAAAAGUUCCAAACCAUCACAUCCCAAUCCCUGACUGGUACCUGUCCGAAAAUGCCACUGUGGCGGUGGAGACGCGGGCGAUCAUCGCCUGGAUGGAAAAAAUCCCUUUUGUGCUGGGUGGCAACUUGCAGGGGGGAGAGCUGGUGGUGGCCUAUCCCUACGACAUGGUGAGAUCCAUGUGGAAAACGCAGGAUUACACGCCCACCCCCGACGACCACGUGUUCCGCUGGCUGGCCUAUUCCUACGCCUCCACGCACCGGCUGAUGACGGAUGCCAGGAGGAGAGCCUGCCACACUGAGGACUUCCAGAAGGAGGAUGGCACUGUGAACGGAGCCUCGUGGCACACCGUGGCUGGAAGCAUCAAUGACUUCAGCUACCUGCACACCAACUGCUUUGAGCUCUCCAUCUACGUUGGCUGUGACAAAUAUCCCCACGAGAGCGAGCUGCCAGAGGAGUGGGAAAACAACCGCGAGUCCCUGAUUGUUUUUAUGGAACAGGUCCAUCGUGGCAUCAAAGGGAUUGUGAAAGAUGUGCAUGGAAAGGGAAUCCCAAAUGCUGUUAUUUCAGUGGAAGGUGUUAACCAUGACAUUCGCACAGGAGCCGACGGGGAUUACUGGCGCCUCCUCAACCCGGGCGAGUACGUGGUGGGCGUCAAGGCCGAGGGCUACACCGCCGCCACCAAGACCUGCGAGGUGGGCUACGACAUGGGGGCCACCCAGUGCGACUUCACCAUCUCCAAGACCAACCUGGCCAGGAUCAAGGAGAUCAUGAGGAAGUUUGGGAAGCAGCCCCUCAGCCUGGCGGCGCGCCGGCUGCGGCAGCGGGCGCGGCGGUGGCAGCGGCGGUAGAGCUCGGCCCCAGCUCCGCUUCUCUCAGCCUGGCUGUAGUCGUAGUGAGAGUUCCAUAGCCCAUCUCUUCAUGCAUUUUUCUCUGCAAGAGGCCUUUCUGUUA